CCGGGCGGGGCGGGGCGGAGCGGCCGCAGCUCGUCGCCGCCCGCGGGCCUGUCCGACGCCGGGGCCCGGCCCGUCCCCUCCGCCGCCCGGCAGCCAUGUGACCGCGCCGCCGCCCUCCGCGCGCCCGGCCCGCCCGCCGCGCGUCCGCGGCCCGGCCGCAGCCCCAGGCCGCCGAGGGAGCGGCGGGGCCGGCGCCAUGGCCGAGCGAGGCCGCCUCGGCCUCCCCGGCGCGCCCGGCGCGCUCAACACGCCCGUGCCCAUGAACCUGUUCGCCACCUGGGAGGUGGACGGCUCCAGCCCCAGCUGCGUGCCCAGGUUGUGCAGCCUGACUCUGAAGAAGCUGGUGGUCUUCAAGGAGCUGGAAAAGGAGCUGAUCUCCGUGGUGAUCGCUGUCAAGAUGCAGGGCUCCAAACGAAUCCUGCGGUCCCAUGAGAUUGUGCUGCCCCCCAGUGGACAAGUGGAGACAGACCUGGCCCUGACCUUCUCCUUGCAGUAUCCUCACUUCUUGAAGAGGGAAGGCAACAAGCUUCAGAUCAUGCUGCAGCGCAGAAAGCGCUACAAGAACAGAACCAUCCUGGGCUACAAGACGCUGGCUGCGGGCUCCAUCAGCAUGGCUGAGAUGUUCUUCAUGGUAUCAAGAAUGGUGAAUCCAGGCCACGUGCGGUGGCUCACGCCUGUCAUCCCAGCACUUCGGGAGGCCAAGGUGAUGCAACACCCGUCUGAAGGUGGCCAGGUGCUGAGCCUCUGCAGCAGCAUCAAGGAGGCCCCCGUCAAGGCGGCCGAGAUCUGGAUCGCCUCCCUGUCCAGCCAGCCCAUUGACCACGAAGACAGCGCCAUGCAGGCCGGCCCCAAGGCCAAGUCCACGGAUAACUACUCCGAGGAGGAGUAUGAGAGCUUCUCCUCCGAGCAGGAGGCCAGUGACGACGCCGUGCAGGGGCAGGACUUGGACGAGGACGACUUUGACGUGGGGAAGCCGAAGAAGCAGCGGAGAUCGAUUGUAAGAACGACGUCCAUGACCAGGCAACAGAACUUCAAGCAGAAAGUGGUAGCGCUGCUGCGGAGGUUCAAAGUGUCCGACGAGGUCCUGGACUCGGAGCAGGACCCUGCGGAGCACAUCCCCGAGGCAGAGGAGGACCUGGACCUCCUGUAUGACACGCUGGACAUGGAGCACCCCAGCGACAGCGGCCCCGACAUGGAGGAUGACGACAGUGUCCUCAGCACCCCCAAGCCGAAGCUGCGGCCAUACUUUGAAGGCCUGUCGCACUCGAGCUCGCAGACGGAGAUUGGGAGCAUCCACAGCGCCCGCAGCCACAAGGAGCCCCCAAGCCCGGCUGACGUGCCCGAGAAGACGCGGUCCCUGGGAGGCAGGCAGCCGAGUGACAGUGUCUCUGACACGGUGGCCCUCCAGGGUGUGCCAGGCCCGAGGGAGCACCCUGGACAGCCUGAGGACAGCCCCGAGGCUGAGGCCUCCACCCUGGAUGUGUUCACGGAGAGGCUGCCGCCCAGCGGGAGGAUCACCAAGACAGAGUCCCUUGUCAUCCCCUCCACCAGGUCCGAGGGGAAGCAGGCUGGCCGACGGGGCCGGAGCACAUCCUUGAAGGAGCGGCAGGCAGCACGGCCCCAGAAUGAGCGGGCCAACAGCCUGGACAACGAGCGCUGCCCGGACGCCCGGAGCCAGCUACAGAUCCCCAGGAAGACUGUGUAUGACCAGCUCAACCACAUCCUCAUCUCCGAUGACCAGCUUCCCGAAAACAUCAUCCUCGUCAACACCUCGGACUGGCAGGGGCAGUUCCUCUCCGACGUCCUGCAGAGGCACACGCUCCCCGUGGUGUGCACGUGCUCUCCUGCAGACGUCCAGGCGGCCUUCAGCACCAUCGUCUCGCGGAUACAGAGAUACUGCAACUGCAAUUCCCAGCCCCCGACCCCCGUGAAGAUCGCCGUGGCGGGAGCGCAGCAUUACCUCAGUGCCAUCCUGCGGCUCUUUGUGGAGCAGCUGUCCCACAAGACACCCGACUGGCUCGGCUACAUGCGCUUCCUGGUCAUCCCGCUGGGCUCCCACCCCGUGGCCAGGUACCUAGGCUCCGUGGACUACCGCUACAACAACUUCUUCCAGGACCUGGCCUGGAGAGACCUGUUCAACAAGCUGGAGGCCCAGAGUGCGGUACAGGACACGCCAGACAUUGUGUCACGCAUCACACAGUACAUCGCAGGGGCCAACUGUGCCCACCAGCUCCCCAUCGCAGAGGCCAUGCUGACCUACAAGCAGAAGAGGAAAAAGCAUUUUCAUUUUGACUUUACCCUAAGCCCUGACGAAGAGUCCUCCCAAAAGUUCAUUCCCUUUGUUGGGGUUGUGAAGGUUGGAAUUGUGGAGCCAUCCUCGGCCACAUCAGGCGACUCGGACGACGCGGCCCCCUCGGGCUCUGGCACGCUCUCCUCCACCCCGCCGUCCACAUCUCCUGCGGCCAAGGAGGCCUCACCCACCCCGCCCUCCUCCCCGUCGGUGAGCGGAGGCCUGUCCUCCCCCAGCCAGGGUGUCGGCGCCGAGCUGAUGGGGCUGCAGGUGGACUACUGGACGGCAGCACAGCCUGCGGACAGGAAGAGGGACGCCGAGAAGAAGGACCUGCCUGUCACCAAAAACACGCUCAAGUGCACUUUCCGGUCCCUCCAGGUCAGCAGGCUGCCCAGCAGCGGCGAGGCUGCAGCCACGCCCACCAUGUCCAUGACCGUGGUCACCAAGGAGAAGAACAAGAAGGUGAUGUUUCUGCCCAAGAAAGCGAAGGACAAGGACGUGGAAUCUAAGAGCCAGUGCAUUGAGGGCAUCAGCCGGCUCAUCUGCACUGCCAGGCAGCAGCAGAACAUGCUGCGGGUCCUCAUCGACGGUGUGGAGUGCAGCGACGUCAAGUUCUUCCAGCUGGCCGCGCAGUGGUCCUCGCACGUGAAGCACUUCCCCAUCUGCAUCUUCGGACACUCCAAGGCCACCUUCUAGCCCCACCCACCAAGGGGCCCACCUUCUGCCCCAUGCUGUGAGGGGCCCAGCUGCAUUUCUGUUAACAUUUCAGUUUACUACAGAGACAGACGCUUAAAACACAAAGAGAAACAGUCUUAAGUAUGAAUGUGCUCACAACGUGGAAACUAACGGGGGAGCUCCCGCCGGGAGCCGAAUAACUGCUCUGCUUAUUAACCCGAACGUUCGGCCCGGGGCUGGGAAGCCAGAAGGACGGUGCUGAGCCAUGGAUCGCGGAAGGCGUCCUCUGGCCUCAGGAGCCACCCAGAGCCUCACAGGCUGAGUUCUUGCCUCUGUGUCCUGUCCUUCCUGGAAGUCAGGACUCUGCUUCCUCGGGGAGCCCGGGGCAGGCAGAGCUCAGUGGCCACAGGCCGAGGGCCAUGGGGCCACUCAGUCCCGUUGGGGGUGUCCUGAGUUGAGCCUGGGGGGGCGUCCUGCCCGCCUAAGAGAUGCCCCCAGCACCGCACACUCGUGGUUCCCAAUAAACUCCUGCCUGUGGCGGAGGUUUUAUAGCAGCA